ACGUCUCACGCUCGCUUUGUGCCGUUUUCUGGUUACAUUCAGUCGUUAUUGAAAGGGAACCGUUUGUUUUUUUUGCGUAUUAUCUGUCGAGUCCUGAGGCUAUCGCGGUUCAUAUUCGCCACACUUUUCAGUCGACUUCUUGAUUCAUACAACUCUUGAUCAGCUCACAUUCGAUACCGCUCGCUACCAUUCAGAGAAUCUGUCGCCAUGGCCUCCCAAGAAACUCCCGAAAUGGCACAGAAAACGGCUCAGACGACCACGGUUCCUGUGGCGCCCGCUCCCGCGCACUCUCUUCCUCAAGAGCUGGCGGCUGCCGGAUACCAGCCUUACUACCAGCCUUAUCCAGGCCAACCAACUGUUGCGCCUACUCCGGCCGAGUCAACCAAGGGUGCCUACACGAGACUCGGAUUCCACGGCGUCGUCGUUGUCUUGGGCGCCAUCGGCCUGGGCGUGUCUUUGUCGUCUCUCGGGGGGGAUGAGGGCUACGGCAUUGGUGCUGCCGCAGCUCCUGGUGCCGCUGCCUGUCUCGCUUGGAGUCUCGCAGAACUCAUCACCAGAGCGGUGCGUAAAUGGAAAGCCGGCAUCCACCCGGGCGCGCACGUGGGCAUCUGCCUCAUCCUCUGGCUCUUGACGGCCAUUAUGGGCGGCAGCCUGUCGGCGUUUGUCGCCCUGAACGACGUCUCGGACCGGGACGAGGAGAACUGCAUCGUCAACACGUACGACCGGUACGGCAACCUGCACACGUACGACGAGUGCGACGACUACUACGUGCACUACCCGCGGGGCAAGGCGCUGGGCGGCGCGGUGAUUACGUGCAUGCUGUUCGCCAUUGAGUUUGGGCUGUUCGUGGACGCGUGCGUGAGGACGCACAGGCGGAACACGGCCAAGGCGAGGCCCGUCAUGGUGAUUGCGCAGCCGCAGAACUGGGGGCCCGCGACGCAGGGUUGGCAGCCGAUGCGGAACGAGGCUUCGACGGACGGUGUCCAGAUGCCUCCUGCUGCUGCUGCUGCUGCUGGUGCUCGUGGACAGGAGCCGGUGAAGGAGUAUUAUGCUCCUGCUUAA